GGGUAGUUAGUGCUUCCGGGUUGCGGUCACUUUGAGCCAGUUAUCUGGGUGACUUCUAGGCGGCAGCGGCGCGGUCCACCCCCUCCCUCUUGCCGCAGUUCCGCUCGCGAUCCUCCUUCCCUGUCCCCUCCAGGUUAUUCUCCCAGCUUCUGCCCCCGAUCACUUGGGAUCGCCGCACCGUGGCCCGCAGCUGCAUUUGGGAGGAAAGAUGAAUGGGCGGGCUGAUUUUCGAGAGCCGAAUGCAGAAGUUCCAAGACCAAUUCCCCUCAUAGGGGCUGAUUACAUUCCGACAGAGGAAGAAAGAAGAAUGUUUGCAGAAUGCAACGAUGAAAGCUUCUGGUUCAGAUCUGUGCCUUUGGCUGCCACAAGUAUGUUGAUUACUCAAGGACUAAUUAGUAAAGGAAUUCUUUCAAGUCAUCCCAGAUUUGGUUCCAUCCCUAAACUUAUAUUUGCUUGUAUCAUGGGAUACUUUGCUGGAAAACUUUCUUAUGUGAGAACUUGCCAAGAAAAGUUCAAGAAUCUCGAAAAUUCCCCUCUUGGAGAAGCUUUACGAUCAGGACAAGCACGACGAUCUUCACCAUCUGGGCACUAUUCUCAAAAGUCAAAAUAUGACUCCAAUGUGAGUGGUCAGUCCUCUUUUGUGACCUCCCCUGCAGCAGACAACAUAGAAAAGGAGAUGCUUCCUCAUUAUGAGCCAAUUCCGUUCAGUGCUUCUGUGAAUGAAUCUGCUCCCACUGGUAUUUCUGAUCAUAUUGCCCAAGGACCUGAUCCCAACCUUGAAGAAAGCCCCAAAAGAAAAAACAUUACCUAUGAGGAAUUAAGACAAAAGAACAGAGAGUCAUAUGAAGUAACUUUAACACAAAAGACUGGCCCCUCAGUCAGGCCUAUGCAGGAAACAGUGCCAAAAAAAGAAGUCAAAGUAAACAAAUAUGGAGAUACUUGGGAUGAGUGAAAAAGUACAUCAUUGGACAUCAUGAAGGAGUUUCACUAUCCAGCUUCAUCUAGGUGAUUGUGAAAUACCUGCAUGCUUUGAGCUCAGCAGCAGUCUUCAUAAAUGCAUUUAAAACAAGUUCUGGGUUUUUGUGGUUUAACUUACUGUGCUGUUUAAGAAAAACACAGAUGUUAGCGUUAGGAUCAUGUAAAUGUAGACCACACUGGGGAUACUGUGAAUGAUGGUAUUAUGCCAUGAUUGUGUGCAGUUUGGGAACUUUAAGUUACAAGGCAAAGAUAUUCUUGUAAAACUCAUACGAGACUGUGAUGCUGUCGAAUUUGCUUAUAUGAAAAUAAACAAUACCUGCAUGUUGAAUUGGGCUGGGUGGGGGGAGCAAGCAUAAUUUUUAAGUGUUCAGCUUUGCAUUGUUACUAAAAGCCUUUCUCUAGUAUUUCCUGUAUUAUUGUAUUGUUUGUGGUAAAUAAAAUGUAAAGGAGCAUGUAA